GCCGCCGGAAGUGUCGCGCGGCGUUGUGCGACCGGCUGUGUGCUGAGUGGGGCCUGGACCCGGAGCGUUACCGCUACUAUGUCGAUCGAAAUCGAGUCUUCCGAUGUGAUCCGUCUAAUCAUGCAGUACUUGAAGGAGAACAGCUUACACCGGGCGCUGGCCACCUUACAGGAGGAAACUACUGUCUCUCUGAACACUGUGGACAGCAUUGAGAGUUUCGUGGCUGAUAUUAACAGUGGCCAUUGGGAUACUGUUUUACAGGCUAUACAGUCUCUGAAAUUGCCAGACAAAACCCUUAUUGAUCUCUACGAACAGGUUGUUUUGGAAUUGAUAGAGCUUCGUGAAUUGGGUGCUGCCAGGUCACUUCUGAGACAGACUGACCCCAUGAUUAUGUUAAAGCAAACACAACCAGAGCGCUAUAUUCAUCUGGAAAACCUCUUAGCCAGAUCUUACUUUGAUCCUCGUGAGGCAUAUCCAGAUGGAAGUAGCAAAGAGAAAAGGAGAGCAGCGAUUGCCCAGGCUUUAGCUGGGGAAGUCAGCGUGGUGCCGCCUUCUCGUCUCAUGGCAUUGCUGGGACAGGCAUUGAAGUGGCAGCAGCACCAGGGAUUGCUUCCUCCUGGUAUGACCAUAGAUUUGUUUCGAGGCAAGGCAGCUGUCAAAGAUGUGGAAGAAGAGAAGUUUCCAACACAGCUGAGCAGGCAUAUUAAGUUUGGACAGAAGUCCCACGUGGAGUGUGCUCGGUUCUCUCCAGAUGGUCAGUAUCUGGUCACUGGCUCUGUUGAUGGAUUUAUUGAGGUGUGGAACUUCACUACUGGGAAAAUCCGGAAGGAUCUUAAGUACCAGGCCCAGGAUAACUUCAUGAUGAUGGAUGAUGCUGUCCUCUGCAUGUGUUUCAGCAGAGAUACUGAAAUGUUAGCAACUGGGGCCCAAGAUGGAAAGAUCAAGGUUUGGAAGAUUCAGAGUGGACAGUGUUUGAGGAGAUUCGAAAGGGCACACAGUAAAGGUGUCACCUGCCUAAGCUUUUCCAAGGACAGCAGUCAGAUCCUCAGUGCUUCUUUUGACCAGACAAUACGAAUUCAUGGUUUAAAAUCUGGAAAAACACUGAAGGAAUUUCGAGGUCAUUCCUCCUUUGUUAAUGAAGCAACGUUUACACAAGAUGGACAUUACAUUAUCAGUGCAUCCUCUGAUGGCACUGUGAAGAUCUGGAAUAUGAAGACCACAGAAUGUUCAAAUACCUUUAAAUCCCUGGGCAGUACUGCAGGAACAGAUAUUACAGUCAAUAGUGUGAUUCUGCUUCCUAAAAACCCAGAGCAUUUUGUGGUGUGUAACCGAUCGAACACAGUGGUCAUCAUGAACAUGCAGGGGCAGAUUGUCAGAAGCUUCAGUUCUGGUAAAAGAGAGGGUGGUGACUUUGUUUGCUGUGCCUUGUCCCCUCGUGGCGAGUGGAUCUACUGUGUUGGGGAGGACUUUGUGCUCUACUGCUUCAGCACAGUCACUGGCAAGCUGGAGAGAACGCUGACGGUUCAUGAGAAGGAUGUGAUCGGAAUUGCACACCACCCGCACCAGAACUUGAUUGCCACCUACAGUGAAGAUGGACUGCUGAAGCUCUGGAAACCCUGAGUCAGCCUUUAUAGUGCAGCCCAGGAGCAUGUACUUAAGUGAGGGCAUGGUCAUGUAUUACUAACUUUUCCAUGUCUGCGUUCUAGCAUAAAACUUGUAAAUAAGUCAGUUUGACGUAUGGAGUAGCUUCGGAUUCUUUAAAAAAGAUUUUAAUAAACUUAAACCUUUCUUUA